AUGGAAGGAGGAGGCAAUCCAAGCGCAAGUGGGAGCCGUUCGGUCCUUCCUGCGACAUCGCCCGCUCCCUCCACGACGGCCGGAGGAAACCGUCCUGCCUCUGCUUCCGCUUCUCAGCCCACGCCCUCCACCUCAUCCUCCGGCCCGCCCACCGGUCCGCCCUCGGGUCCGCCCGCCAGCCAAACCGUCUCGAAACGCAAGAGAGGACUGGGACUUGUCACUCCAACGGCUUGCACCGAGUGCCGCAAGAAGCGCGCAAAGUGCGACGGCGAGAAGCCUUGUGCUCGAUGUAAAUAUCAGAACACCGAAUGUGUUUACGAAGUCCCUGUCCGCCAGUCCAAGGACACACUGAGAAACGAGAUCGAACAGCUGAGGCGCGAGCAACGGAACAACGAGCAUGUGAUAAACGCCCUCAGGCGUACGGAUAAAUGGGACGGGGUUUUACAGCGUUUGCGCAACGGCCAGAGCAUUGAUAUGAUAUCCUCGUGGCUGGAGGGGACGCUUCCCUCGGGCGGUGGCACACUUCCUUCCAUCGAUCGAUUAGUCGGGUCAGCUCCCGGUGCCUUUAAUUUCUCGGGCGACCCAGCUGGGUCUUAUGGCGGCGCUAUUCCAGGUUUGGCUCCCAUCAGCCGAUUUCCAGGUCAAGGGCUGCCAGGCCAGCACCCUACUACGGGUCCGCAUCAGCUGGCUGAGUUUCAACCAAGCCAGUACCAACUGGUUCAAGGCCAUCCAGGUCAAUUCCCGCGGGCUAUCAGACAUGAUCCCGAGCCUCAUAGUCUCUGGAACGGCCAGCUCUCCUCUCAUUCUCAGACGGUGCGUGGCAACUCGCAGUCAAAGGCCAUGAGCUGGACUUCGGAAAAUGGGCAGCAAUCGCAGUCGAGAGCGGAAUCGUGGGCGGAAGCUCGGGCUGGCGUCAACUCAGAAAACCAGAGAUUCCGCGGUUUUGACCAAGUACUUGCUACCGAGGCACUGCAUUCGCGGGCACCGCCUACUACAUGGACGACCAUCACUUCGGAUGACGGUCUUGUUCAACAUCUGCUGGCGCUGUACUUUUGCUGGGAGUACCCCACAUUUGCGUCGCUCAGCAAAGAACACUUCCUCAAGGACUUUAUGGACGGGCGGCCUCGCUUUUGCUCGUCCCUAUUAGUGAAUGCGCUUCUGGCGUUGGGUUGCCGGUUUUCCAGCCAGCCUAGUACUCGCGCGAACCCGAACGACCCGUAUUCGUCGGGUGAUCACUUCUUCAAGGAAUGCCAGCGACUAUUUUAUCAAGAAGAAAACCAUCACACGCUAACUACCAUUCAAGCCUUGGGUAUAAUGUCCAUCAGAGAGGCAAGUUGUGGUCGUGAUUCUGAGAGUUGGUACUACGCCGGACAGAGUAUCCGACUGGCGAUAGAGAUGGGACUGCAUCGGGUUCAAGAUGACGGCAAGGAUUGUGACGAGAGUGCGGUUCAAGCAGCCACAUUCUGGGGUGCAUUUGCGCUCGACCAUGCUUGGUCGUUGGCCACCGGCUCGCUCCCCCAGUGCUCGUGCUUCCCACAGCUGCCUCCGAAGCCCGCUAUCAUCGAUGACAUUGAGGCCUCGCUCUGGAUUCCAUAUACAGAUGAUGGUAAGAAUUUAUCAUUUUUGGAGGUCGUGCUUGGAGAUCUGCUCAAGAUAUAUACACAGUAUUUGAACUGGUAUGAUAGGAUACCAGAGGUGUUGCGACUUGGCCAUAACUUCACUCCCGCUGUGUUGUUCGCGCACAUGUAUUAUCACUUUGCCAUUCUUCUCCUGUUCCGGCCGUUGAUCAAACUUCGCAUUGUUGGAUCGAGCAUUUCUCCGCGUGAUGUGUGUAUACAGGCAGCCGAUGCCAUAUUGGGGCUUGUGCGCUCGUACUCGCAAUUGUACACGUUAAGACGGACGCCAUCAUUUGUCCCUUACUUUGUGCUCACGUCCUCCAUCAUGCACCUGGCGAUUGGGGCCACGACCUCAGUACCGUCCGACCCCGCCGGAGGCAUAGGUCAAGCGGAACCCAAUGACCAUGGCCAUCCGAGGUUUGAUCCUCGCGUUGGCGAAGCCAUAAGUCGAGGAAUUGCCGAUCUUACGGAGAUGGCACCAUGUCACCACUUCGCCGAACAAGCGCUCAACAUACUGAAGUACCUGGCCAAGAAGUGGAAUAUUGAUGUGGACAUCAAGACGAUAGGUGGAGAGGACGGCCAGCAACGUAUCAGGGUCGACCGCUAUCAAACCACUCGACCGGUUACAAACAGCCUCAAUUUCUUCGUUCCCGAAGUUACCGAGGAAGACUUCAACUGCAAAUGGGGAGAGGGGGUAGAAUCAGGACACGGUUCAGCGACCAGAACGGAAAUUCAGCCUGGAAGUGAUAAGCAUACGGCCAGCGCUACGGAAAAUCCCCUGUUCUGGCCGUUUCCGAUGCAAGGACGUCCGAUGCUGGCAACGGGCCCUGAACUGUUGAAAAGUGGUUUUGAGCUUAUCUAG